UCAUAAAAGUUACCACAGUACUCGCGCAACCACGGACCUCAGUGCCUCGUUUAAAACCAUUUUUAUUUAUAAGUUCUAAUUUUAUCUUAAUUUUUUUUAUAAAACUCUAGUCAGACUCUUAGAAGAAAUUCCGGUGACCUCUGCAAAAAUUCAUGAGUCACGUCUUAUUCGUGGAUUUUACAUAUGGUCAACUUGUUUAUUUUUUAAUACGGUGACAACCGCAUAUACCCAUACAUUCAUAUAUAGGUAUAUUUAUUUAUAAAAAAACAUGAGCGCUAAAAUAUCAGCAGCGAGACCAUCAGACGCUCAGUCUUCAUUGAGCCCGCGGUCGCCGAUUAUUUCUUCCAGUGAUGUCAGUGGUGGAAUAAACAAGUGCAAAGUAGUUAAUCUGGAAGUUAUUAAAUCCGGUGUAAAACGACCCGCGGAUUUUGAAAUUGACACACCGAAUUUAUUGCUGACUAUCGGACAAGAUAACCACAAUAAUAAUUUAAAAGAUAGCAUGCCCUCGUUAAGCAGAAAUUGUCCAACAAUUCCACGAAUUAAGCGUCUUAAUUUUCAACGAUUUAAGAUUUCUCCACCCUCGAGCCCGGCAGAUUACAAAAAACCAACAAUGUCAACCCUAGUCUACGAGCCGGUUUCACGACCUCGGGACAACCUGAAGCUGGCAUUGAACCGAAGUCUCUCUGAGCCAGGUCCAGGUCCAGCUGAACGGUACCUGCUGACGCCGAGUUCGCCGACUCUGUCGACGAUUUCUUCAAGCAGCAGCAACCAGGAUGCCAGUGGUGGCAGCACCAACAGCAUCGACAUCGGCGACGACAUCCACCGUCUUCACCACCAGUCUUACAAUCUUCAGUUCAACUACCUCCGAAGUGUCUUACCCACCAGCUCGUGUUCAAAGCGGUCCAAGCUAGAAGCAGGGAUCGCUUCUCUCCCAACGAGUCCUUGCCUUCCUGACGCCGGCAAUCUCCAGAGACAGCUGGUGCUCCAAAAGUGCAGGACCAUCGAUUCCGAUGUUCUCGCCAGCAGGAUCAACACCACCACUGGCCUGGUGAUUCUCGACUGUCGGCCGUUCACUGUUUACAAUGCUAGCCAUAUUCGCGGCGCGAUUAAUUUAAAUUGCUGUGAUCGCAUCAAUAGAAAGCGACUCCUGCAGAAAAAAGUCGCUCUAGCUGAUCUCACUCCUGAGAAAGACGACAAGGAAUUGCUCAGGCGAAAAAAUUACCGAGAAGUUGUCAUUUAUGAUGACUGCUCCGAUGGAUUGGAACAUUUGCCUGCGGAACAUCCGCUUUUUUUGGUACUCACUGCUCUUGUUGAAGAUAAUAAAGAACCUGCGCUUUUACUUGGAGGUCACCGAGAAUUCCAGCGAAGACACCGCGACCUUUGCGAGGACACGCUUUUACCGGGGAACUCGAUGUCCCUGCCAUCUGGCUGCCCGAGCCCUGGACCAGGAUGUCCGGUGAUAAUGAGUCCGUGCCCGACGACUCCCCAGCCAGCGGACAUCGACAACCAUCCGGCGUCGCGCGUUCUGCCGUUUCUGUACCUGGGGAACGGCCGCGAUGCCGCGGAUCUCCAGCUCCUCCAAGCUCUGGGGGCUACUCGUGUCCUCAAUGUUACGUCACAGCUACCUGGGUACCAUGAGUCACGUGGCAUCACCUACCUCCAAAUACCCGCCAAUGAUUCUGGGCAUCAGAACUUGAAGCAAUAUUUUGAAGAAGCGUUCAAUUUUAUUGAGGAUGCAAGAAAAGCCGGCUGCAGCGUACUGGUGCAUUGCCAAGCCGGAAUAUCACGUAGCGCGACAAUAGCGAUCGCAUACAUAAUGCGACACAAAGGCCUGGCAAUGAUCGACGCAUACAAACUGGUGAAAAAUGCGCGUCCCAUAAUAAGUCCAAACCUGAACUUCAUGGGCCAGUUGCUCGAGCUCGAGCAAGGACUGAAGGCAGCUAGCGACUGCGCUCCCGCAGCGCCCUCGGAGGAACAGAACAAACAGGAACCUAACCUGCAGGAGGAGAAGAGUCACUACCAGUGGAGUCAUACCGAACAAGUUACCUCCGGCUGCAGUGUUUAGAUUGUUUAUUGAAUUAAUUAAGUGCGCGUAUCAUGUUAACAUAUCGCAACGUGUCUUUUGUUAUUAUUAUUACGAUUAUUAUUAUUGUAAUUAAUUAAUCCGGCCGAUCGGUAAAAGUCUGAUGAUAAAUAUCUAAGAGGUCGCCGGCUGUAAUGAGAUUGUACUUAUAACCUAUAACAGGGAUUUGUGUGGACAUUGUUUUAAGACUGGACGGUUUUAGCUUCUCGUGCAGAUUUAGUUUUUAAU